UGGGCAAAUAUGGCGUCCGUACGAGAACUGGAAGCUGAAGAGUAUCUGCGGGAAAACAAGAUUUUAGAGCUAAUGGACAACCUGACAAGCCAGUUGCUUUACCACCGACCGGAAAGACCCAGAGAGUUUCUGAUAAAUCUACUUGAAAAAUUGAAAUAUGCCAGACGGGCAGAUGUGGAUUAUCCGUGCCUAUUUGAUGAGUCUAAUCUGGAUGCCAUAUUUGGAGUCCUUGACCCUUCAGGACAAGGGUAUAUAACAAAAGAACAGUUUGUGGGUGCUCUAAAAACGCUUGGUGUAGAAGAAACCAAUGUUGAAGACCAACCUGAGAGAAUGACCCUGGAAGUCUUUAAGCAUGAAAUGAGAACACGGUUGAAAAAAUCUUGUGCAACAUUCAAACAUUAGCAAGUUCCCACACAAGUUAUUAUGUAAACCUGCUGUCGUUUUACUUUUCUCUUCCAUGUUAUUGCUUUUUUCACCAAUAAAACACUUUCAUCAGC